GCGCAUGCGCAGCCCGUGUUAGUGAUGGAGGAGAGAAGAUGGCGGAAGCGGAAUUCAAGGACCACAAUACAGCUAUGGAUAGUGAGGCAAACUCUGGCACAUCUUCUGUGUCGACAACAACCAGUAGUACCACCACCACAACUAUCACCACUUCCUCCUCUCGAAUGCAGCAACCACAGAUCUCUGUCUACAGUGGCUCAGACCGACAUGCUGUACAGGUGAUUCAGCAGGCGUUGCAUCGGCCCCCCAGCUCUGCUGCUCAGUACCUGCAGCAGAUGUAUGCAGCUCAGCAGCAGCACCUGAUGCUGCACACCGCCGCCCUCCAGCAGCAGCACCUGAGCAGCUCCCAGCUCCAGAGCCUCGCUGCCGUCCAGGCAAGUUUGUCCAGUGGAAGACCAUCUACAUCCCCUACAGGAAGUGUCACACAACAGUCAAGUAUGUCCCAGACAUCUAUCAACCUCUCCACUUCUCCUACACCUGCACAGUUAAUAAGCCGUUCCCAGGCUUCCAGUUCUACCAGCGGCAGUAUUACCCAACAGACUAUGUUACUAGGGAGUACCUCCCCUACCCUAACGGCAAGCCAAGCUCAAAUGUAUCUCCGAGCUCAAAUGCUGAUUUUCACACCCGCUACCACUGUGGCUGCUGUACAGUCUGACAUUCCUGUUGUCUCGUCGUCAUCGUCAUCUUCCUGUCAGUCUGCAGCUACUCAGGUUCAGAAUUUAACAUUACGCAGCCAGAAGUUGGGUGUAUUAUCUAGCUCACAGAACGGUCCACCAAAAAGCACUAGUCAAACUCAGUCAUUGACAAUUUGUCAUAACAAAACAACAGUGACCAGUUCUAAAAUCAGCCAACGAGAUCCUUCUCCAGAAAGUAAUAAGAAAGGAGAAAGUCCAAGUCUGGAAUCACGAAGCACAGCUGUCACUCGGACAUCAAGUAUUCACCAGUUAAUAGCACCAGCUUCAUAUCCUCCAAUUCAGCCUCAUCCUCUAAUAAAACAUCAGCAAAUUCCUCUUCAUUCACCACCUCCCAAGGUUUCCCAUCAUCAGCUGAUAUUACAACAGCAGCAACAGCAAAUUCAGCCAAUCACACUUCAAAAUCCAACUCAAGACCCACCCCCAUCCCAGCACUGUAUGCCACUCCAAAACCAUGGCCUUCCUCCAGCACCUGCUAAUGCCCAGUCACAGCAUUGUUCACCGAUUCAGAGCCAUCCCCCUCCUUUAACCAUGUCUCCUAGCCAGUCACAGUCGGCACAGCAGUCUGUAGUGGUGUCUCCUCCACCGCCUCAUUCACCAAGUCAGUCUCCUACUAUAAUUAUUCAUCCACAAGCGCUUAUUCAGCCACACCCUCUUGUGUCAUCGGCUCUCCAGCCAGGGCCAAACCUGCAGCAAUCCACUGCUAAUCAGGUGCAACCGACAGCACAGCUGAAUCUUCCAUCCCAUCUUCCACUUCCAGCUUCCCCUGUUGUACACAUUGGCCCAGUUCAGCAGUCCGCUUUGGUGUCCCCAGGUCAGCCGAUUGUGUCUCCAACAUCACACCAGCAAUAUUCAACCCUGCAGUCCUCUCCAAUCCCAAUUGCAACCCCUCCGCAGAUGUCGACAUCUCCUCCAGCUCAGAUUCCACCUCUGCCCUUGCAGUCUAUGCAGUCUUUACAAGUGCAGCCUGAAAUUCUAUCCCAGGGCCAGGUUUUGGUACAGAAUGCUUUGGUGUCAGAAGAGGAGCUUCCAGCUGCAGAAGCUUUGGUCCAGUUGCCAUUUCAGACUCUUCCUCCUCCACAGACUGUUGCGGUAAACCUACAAGUACAACCACCAGCACCUGUUGAUCCACCAGUGGGAAUGCAUUUGAACCAGUGUCAUCUGCACAAAGUUUUUUCUCUUAAGGUUUAUCAAGUAGAAGAUGUGUGUGAAGAAGAAAUGCCAGAAGAGUCAGAUGAAUGUGUUCGGAUGGACAGAACGCCACCGCCACCCACACUGUCUCCAGCAGCUAUAACUGUGGGGAGAGAAGAUUUGACUUCUGAACAUCCUUUGUUAGAGCAAGUGGAAUUACCUGCUGUGGCAUCAGUCAGUGCUUCAGUAAUCAAAUCUCCAUCAGAUCCUUCCCAUGUUUCUGUUCCUCCACCUCCACUCUUACUUCCAGCUGCUACCACAAGGAGUAAUAGUACAUCUGUACCCAGUAGCAUUCCCAGUAUAGAAAACAAACCUCCACAGGCUAUUGUUAAGCCACAGAUUUUAACCCAUGUUAUUGAAGGCUUUGUGAUUCAGGAGGGAUUGGAACCAUUUCCUGUGAGUCGUUCGUCUUUGCUAAUAGAACAGCCUGUGAAAAAAAGGCCUCUUUUGGAUAAUCAGGUGAUAAACUCUGUGUGUGUUCAGCCAGAGCUACAGAAUAAUACAAAGCAUGGAGAUAACUCAUCUGACACAGAGAUAGAAGACAUGAUUGCUGAAGAGACAUUAGAAGAAAUGGACAGUGAGUUGCUCAAGUGUGAAUUCUGUGGGAAGAUGGGAUAUGCUAAUGAAUUUCUUCGGUCAAAACGAUUCUGUACUAUGUCCUGUGCCAAAAGGUACAAUGUUAGCUGUUCUAAAAAAUUUGCACUUAGUCGUUGGAAUCGUAAGACUGAUAAUCAAAGUCUUGGGCAUCGUGGCCGUCGUCCAAGUGGCCCUGAUGGGGCAGCAAGAGAACAUAUCCUUAGGCAGCUUCCAAUUACUUAUCCAUCUGCAGAAGAAGACUUGGCUUCUCAUGAAGAUUCUGUCCCAUCUGCUAUGACAACACGCCUGCGCAGACAGAGUGAGCGGGAAAGAGAGCGUGAGCUCCGGGAUGUGAGAAUUAGGAAAAUGCCCGAGAACAGUGAUUUGCUACCAGUUGCACAAACAGAGCCAUCUAUAUGGACAGUUGAUGAUGUCUGGGCCUUCAUCCAUUCUUUGCCUGGCUGCCAGGAUAUUGCAGAUGAAUUCAGAGCACAGGAGAUUGAUGGACAGGCCCUUCUUUUGCUAAAAGAAGACCAUCUUAUGAGUGCAAUGAAUAUCAAACUAGGCCCGGCCCUAAAGAUCUGUGCACGCAUCAACUCUCUGAAGGAAUCUUAAUAGGAGCAUGAAGCUGUGAGAAAACAGCAGUUUUACUCUUCUUAAACAAACUUGUAAGGUAAAGGCUCAAGCUGGCCUAGAAUGUUAUCAUAUAUUGUGGUGGAUAGCCAAGCACAUUGGGAUCUCCACAUCAAAAGCCGACAUUUCUUCUACAAAUAGAGUAAUUCAUCAUACAUUUUCAUAAUUAGCCAACAUUGAUAAAAGUAAUUUUACAGGUUACAUGCAACAUUGAAAGACUUGAUAUAGAGGGCCAUGAUAUUUUUCAAAGAAACGUGUUAUACUAGAUAAUUUUUUAAAGGUGACGUUUAUCAUUAAUAUAAAGAAUCCUUUUAAAAGUAAUUUAAUGAUUUACAUUUUUCCUCUUUUGAUUCGGUUUUCUUAUACAUUUUUCUACCCUGUAAGUUUUCUAUAGGUUGUCAUGAGAGAUAUAAUUUAGGAAUAGUUUAGGAGUCCAGUGACUGGAAUUGUAUGCAAUGAGAUAUCAGUUGUGCAUUUUAAGAAACAUGUCUGUCAGACAAUUGCUUUGUCUGUAAAAAGGAUUGCAUUCUAGCAUGAAUAAUACUAAUCUGGAAGUCAGAGGAGUUGGUUUCUAUUCCAAACUUGACCAAGAAUUUGAUGUUGCUGAGAAAAGUUAGUUUUCUUCUUAGUUUUUUUACAUUUAGAGCAGUGGUUCUCACCAGAGGUCAGUUUUGCUCCCCAGGGGAUAUUUGACAGUGUCUAGGGACAUUUUGGUUGUCAUAGCUUGGAGGAGUUGGGGAGGAUUGGAGGACAGGGACAUUGCUAAGUAUCCCACAGUGCACAAGACAGUCCUCCAAAACAACAAUUUAGCCAGUCGAAAAUGUCAAGUCGUGUCAGGGUUCAGAAACCCUGAUGUAGGAGUGAUAAAUGUUGUUCUUUUUUUUACCCAGAGGGUUAUUUUGAAAAAAUGAGACAUAAUAAGGAAUAUAUUAUACAAUGGAAGUAUUUCAGAUAGCAUUAAUGUUCUGCUGAAGUAUUUUUCCCAGUUUUAUGCAUAGUUAAAAAAAAGGGGAAAAUCCACUAAAUUGACCUGUAAAAUAAGGACUAGCAUACAAAUAAUUUGAGUCUCAGAAAGUAGGAAUUCAUAUUAUCUUUCAUCUCUCUUUGCUCCUCUGCACUGAUGAAGGCAUAAUAUCAUUAUACCUUAUGAACCAGUGCAUGGCCUUUGCUGGCACGAUAGUAGUUUGUAGUGGGUAUGUGGGUGGUCUUUGGAUUUUUUUCUAAUGUUGAACAUGCUGGGUCUAGCUUGAAUGCACAUUCCUUUUUCCUUGACUAACCCUUGCAUGCUUCCUACAAAGUACCCACCAACUAGUAUCUCUUGGAUUAUCACAUCUAAUUUUGUAUGUACAUGUUUUAGGGAAAAAACAUUUUAAAGCAAAAUUUUUCACUGAACAGUUUGUGUUCUGUCAGAAUUAUGACAUUAAAACAAAAUUGUUAUGGGAGCCCUGAGAACCUUACUGUCCUGGACAUAAAAUAUUUGUUUUAAUCCUUUUUAUCUUUACCACACGAUGGAAAUAUUUUAAAAUAGAAGGAACAUACACAGAUAUUUGGCAGACAUUCAGUAAGUGGGGACGAAUCCAUGGGUUUCAGUCAUUGUCACUGCUCUUUUCAAAGAUUGUGUUGAGCUAGUAGAAGACUAAAGAUGUCAUUAAAGACAUCACAGAUGUUUAUCUUUUGGCUUUGUGUACAUUAGAGAAUGUUGAUUAUUUUUAUACAAAAAUACAGCGGGUAAUUUUUUUAAUCUUUAGAUGCCUCUUGUUUGAAUGUAUGCUUUGUGGGAUUCUUUUGUGUAGUAAUGUUUAAAAAAAAAAGAUGUUUACUGAUAGUUAUGUGUAGGAUUAGAAUGCGUAAUAUAGUGUAAGGCUCAAGUUCCAGACCUACAGUAGCUUGUAGUCUAUGUUACAUAUUUCUUUAUAUCACAUUUUUAAUUAUUGGAUUAAAGUUUCAAGGAAAGGUAGGAGCUCUAUAGUCAGUUUUCAUUUAUUAGCAGUUAAUCAUUAUGACAGAGUUGUCAUAUCCUUGACUUUUCCCCCUCAUCUUGGUGUUUCCAAACACAAGUGUAGGCUAAGCAUUAAUAGGAUGGUCCACUGUGUGUGGGAGGCAGAGGGCACGCAGGAAAAUCUCCCCUGGAAUUAAAACUUUGUCAUAGAUAAUCCACAAGCAGUGCAUUUCAGGCUCUGUUCGCAAUAAUGGUUACCUCCCAUAACUGAAUUUUCUAUAUUGCCUUUAAGGUAUUAACUCUGAACUGUGUUAUAGGAUCUCCUUUUCUUCACUGUCUUUUCUGAUAUCAGUCAUUAUAUACGGAUUGAAAGCCCUUGUGCCUAGCACCAUGUUAAAUAUCCAAGAAAGCUUACCAGAAGGAGGAUUUCCAUUUGAGAGCACCUUAUCAUCUUAAAUCUUGUAAUAAUCUCAAGAGUAGUCCAGAUCUUCUUUUGUCCUCACUCAAAACAUACCCAGAAAAUAUACUUGCAUUUUUUUCAAGUGAGCUAUUUUAUUUAAAAAUGGCUCAUUUGCUUUCAACUGGCAGUUUUCCCUUUUGAUGCAAUGGUUUUCUCUAGAGGAUUUAACCAUCUUAAAAAUCAAAGCCUCAGUUAUAUAUGAUGAAUAUAGAUAACACUGGGUGUCCACUUAUAAGUUCUAAGUACAGUUCUGGUGUGAGGUGGGUGGGGAGAGUAUUCUUUUCUCUUUCCUUCAUGCUAUUGCAUUGUUUUAGGAUUUUCAUUGAUGAGAAGGAAUGACAGAAAAGGGACAUGGGAAGUUCUUCCUACUUUUGCUAAGUGUACAUUUUCUGACUUCUUUAAACUGAUGCACUCUUUUCCCAUUGAGGGAAAUAAAAAAACCUACAAGUUUCAAAUUUUUUUUACUCUAGGCCAUGUGUUCCCUCAGAAAAUAAACAAACUGAGAAAGCUGCUUUGUAAAUGUUUUAACAUGACCUGGAUUUUCAUCAAGCCUUGGGUAGGCAUGUGUCGGACGGGCUCUGCACCUUUGAUGUAAUCACUGUCGUAUAAGGCAGAGUGCUGUCCCAAAACCUGUCACUUUUUAAGCAGUGUAUAACUGUUUUCAGGAUGGUACUUCUAAUUUGCUGUGGCAUCACUAAAGAGACGUUUUUCUUAGUCUAGCUUAAGGGCUGUCACGUGGGAGUGGAGAAGGAGGAAUGAGGGAAAGACAUGUUAGUGAAGCUGGAGAAUGGGAGAGAGGCAGACAGAAGAGACCUGUCACUUCACUUGUCCCACUUCAACACUGAACAAAUUUCUGCACUUUUGAAGUUAAUUUCAUGAUUUACCUUGUUUUAAGUAGAAAUGAUUUUUUUAGGUAGCCUAUUGUUUUUGUUUCCUAGUGUGUUGAAACACUUCCUUAGAACUGUUUGAAGUAUUGCUGCGCCCAUGCCUCUGAAUACUUUUUUGCGUGAAAUUAUAGUCAGACAUUUAUUCAAAUACCAGUCCUAGACUGAAAUCUGUCACAGUGUCCCCUAUCACUGACUUGUUCAAUCAAAUGUUACGAAGUCCCAUUUGCAUUUGCAAGGUUCUGGUACCAUCAUGGCACAAGUAUGGUAGGAAGGCAAUAUAUAGAUUGUAUAAUCUUAGGUUGUUUACAUGGGUGUAAACAGUUUUGGAAAGAAUAAACUAUUGUAGACGUACGUGAAUGAUGCCACCCUCACAGCCAUAUUGAGUAGAUGAAAUCCCUGGAUGGACACACUGUUAAAAUGUUUUAAAGACACAUUUUCAACUAGAACAGACUGAUUCUAUUUUGUGGUUUGAAGGUCUUCACCCUUAGUGAAUGGCAGGAACACAUGCUGGCUGUGUGCAGCUGGCGCUAAACAUUACCUGACAGCAUGGGUGGGCCUCGCUCACUGCUUUCUUCCCUAAAGCCUAUUCUAGCCCUGAGGGAACUGUGCGAACACUUCUUAAGACACCUUUGCCUGAAAAUCCUUAGAGAGGAUUUUGUAGUAGCGUUCAUUUUAGGAAGGUAAUUGGGGCAGGACUUUCUAACACCUAACAGUCAUGUGUCAAUGAAACCUUUGGGCAGUGGAAACUGGCACAGUGUUUGUUCAGUCUGUUUCCUAUGCACCAUGUAUGUAGCUGGGCCUUAAGGAAGGUUUUCCAGGGUGAAGGAUAGGGAACUAUAGGAAGUAACAAAUAGGAGGAAAACAUUCUAGACCCAAGAGGAUAAUAGUACAGUUAAUGGAGUGAGGUUAUAUUGUAUAGACAGGAUCUUCAGUAGUUCAGAAUAAUACAUUGUAAUCGUCGGAUCCCAGUUACAGCAAUAAGAUUCACCUGUAAUCAUACACAUUCUUUCUCUGUCCAGUGAUUCUGCCCCUAGGAGCAUAUCAGUAGUUCCAGUGAUACAGAAGUUAGUGAUUUUUGACUUCAAAAAAAAAGGUGACCACUAUUGUACUUGGAGAAUAUUUGUCAAAAACUCAAAGGUUAAUUAUUUAUAAUUAAGUUACUGGAAUUGUAGAAGAGAGUAUCCAUUUUCAGAUACCACAGUUGAAUCACCCUUUUAGAUUAUUAUAAAAGGCAUUUUAAGAUGGUAUUUUAUUUGUUAGAUUGUAUCUUAAGAAUUGGAUGACUAAAGAGCUAUCUUUCUCUUUAUCAGUGUGGAUUUCAACAGAAGCCUACCUCUAUUUCUUUGAUGCACAAUAGUGUGGAUCAUAAAAUGAACUGUUUAAUUCACAUUCAUGAACAUUGGUAUUUUAUGAGUCUCUUUAAAAGCAUUUGAUUCACCUUAAAGAUUGUGAUUCGAGUUAGAUAAGCACAAAUACAGUAUUAGGAAAAGUAAAAUAUGCAAUCUUACUAAAAUUUAAUUUCAAUCUAUUAGAAGCUGUACAUCUUUAAAAAAAAAAACUGGGAAGAUAUUCCUCUUUUGUUAGUUCAUAAUAUGUACCACUAUAUAGUUUCCUCCAUAGCAGCAGUACAAGCCAUUUCAUCAAUAAAAAAAUGUUGAAAAUUCUAUUAUCUUCUUUGGAAAAAGUCUCCUAAAUUUUUAAGAAUUUAAUUUUUUAGAGCUUAUUUAAUCUAUUUUAAAAUACUAUGAGAAAGCUUUUUUUGAAAGUUAUAAAGCACUAAUACAAAUUAGCAUCAUUUUCCAGAGCACAAUGUUUGGCUUUUUCUGAACUUUCACUUAUUUCACAGACAUUAAAAGGGAGUGGCCUCCCUCCUUCUCAGAUCUGAGGCCUAGCUUCUCUCAUGAAAACCCCGUUCUACUUGAACCCAUGAACACACACCUCUUAAGUGCCAUGUUUAUGGGACCUUUUGGGAAAUGUUUUCCAUGAAUGUUUAAUUUCUUUUUUUUUAAAAUAGCUUGUGAACAUUUAAUUUUAUUCAAAGAUGACAGUUUUAAAGAUCGCAGAUACUGGAGAAGAGGGUACUCCUUUUGAAUAGUAUAAUUUUGAAUAGUAUAAUUGCUCUCAGUGAUAUUGACGGCAUCAGUAUGAAUCUAUAGAAAAAAAAACCUGUACAAAGGUUUUAAAACGCAUUGUUGAUAAGCAUAGUGAUGAAUUUUAAUUUGGAAAAAACGCAGUAUAAAAUAUUGCUAACAUGGCAUAUUAAAUAUGAGUAAUUUACUAAGUCCUUUUAGACCUCUUAUUUAAAUUGACCCCAGUAAUCUUCUGAAGGAUUGAUAGUGGCCAUCAUUUAUUGGCCUAAAAGUUAACUUUAAGGAAUAUAUAUUAUCAGUGUUAAAUCCAUGUUCUGUGGAGCUUUAAUUAAUGGAGGUGAAGAGGUUGGUGUUCAUAAGAUAGUGGUGGGGCUGGUAGUGAAAUAAAACAUCAAUCUGUUUUAGAAAGAAGGAACUUUUUAGUCUUGCCUCAAGCAAACCAGAAGUGUCCAUUGCUUAAAAUCUGUUCUGAAUGCUGUUUAUUAAAAUCUUCUUUUUGCUUUAGGUAGUACUAAAUAAUCUACUUCGAUAGUAAAUAAUAGGUGAACAUAAUCAUUAAAUUAAUGAAGGCAGGCUGCGGGGUUGGGAGUUCUACUUCCGGUUGGUGAAUUGGCUGGUGAGUGACACCUCAAGGCAAUUACUUAGCCUUUAAUUUGUUUCCUCUUCUGAAUAUACAGUAUGGAGCCUAUGCUACUCAAAAUGCUGACUUGGGUUUAAAUCAUCUUUAAGGUACCUCCCAGAUCUAAAACUAUGAUUCUAGGUAUUUUUAAAGUUGCUUCUACUUAAUGCUCUUUCCCUUUUUAAUGGUUCCUUUCAUGCUUAAGAGCUUUUGCUAAAAGAUAAUUGUUAAGCAUCCAUUUCCUGGGUCACCUACAUACAGUCUUUGUUCUCUAAGGAUUAAAGUAGAGAAGAAAAAUUACACAGACAAGCAAAUGAGGACAUUUUUCUAAUUGCUUCUUGCUAGUUAACCACUGAACCUGUGAACACAUAUGAACAUUGUCAUUCAUGCAUUUAUCCAUUCAUUCAGCAAGCCAUUUGAACACUUACUAUGUGAAAUGUGUGUUAUACAUGACUUGAGGAACUAGUAAUAAGUAAACAAAAUCUUCCCAAACAAAAUUCUAAUUUCAGCUUAAACAGACAUGGACAUUAUUUACUUAUUGUAUUGAAUGUAAAGCUGGCACUGGGAGGGAAAUUUUUAUGCACUGGGUACUUAGCUAGAUGACAUCGAAGGGGGGGUCUGAGUGAAUCACAGCACAAUUCCUAAAACCCAUUUCACAUACUAAUCAGCCAAUCAUAAACCUGAUUAGGUAACAAAAUCAAGGGUACCUAAUAAGGAUUUACAUUUUGAGACUUUUGUGACAGCCCAUAUUUCUCAGAAUUAUUUUGACACUUGAAUCUAUUCCAGAGGUGUUGCUAUACAGGGUGUGUGACAGAACAACACAAAGAAGCUGGUGCUGACUUACUAUACAUUUUUAACUACAAAAGCUUUACAUCCACUAUUGACAGUGAAGUGACUUUCUAAAACUGAAAAGUCUCAAAGGAGAUCGCUGAACAGGUUUGUUUUUUAUUCUUUUGUUUUUAAAGUAAGAAAUUACACAAAAUAAAUUUUAUUUUUAUUACAAAUACUUUUUAGAGAGCACACAUGUAUUACAUAGGAAAACGGUUUCCUUUAAAAUGCAGAACUGGUAAUGGUAAACAUAAAACACUUCCAUGCUUCAACUGACAACUAUUUGGGGAGUAAACACUGAAUGGCAUUGAUUGAUUGGGUGAAGUUUCCUUACCACUUGGGGAUUCUGUGAAAUUAUGUUGUAAUUCCUGUUGACCCAGCGAUACAGAUUAGCAUCACUUGAUGCUAACAUUCUCCAUAAAGAUACAAAAUGAAAAUAUAUUUAAGAAGAUCUCUUAUGCAUCAUAGUCACAGCUUUUUAAAGCAGGAAAAUGUCAGAUACAUAAUAGAUGAGAAUCUGAAACUGACUGAAAAUAGAACACUGACAUCCAAGUAACCAGUUAGUCUGGGCUUAAAAAAUUUUGCCAUUGUAUUGGUUAAAAAUGUACUUUUAAAAUGCUUUAAUUUACCUAAUUUUCAAAUAUUUUAUGCGAUUAAAAUAUCUACUGCAUACUUUCUGUACAUGUAUUUUUAAACUUUAAAAAAAUUAACGGAGUGUGCAGAGAUGGCAUAAUUUUAGAUGUCUCAUUUCCAAGACACCUUUAGAUUCCCAAUCACUUCACUCAAAAGCUUGGUCUUGUUUUUUCCAUAGGAAAAAGUCAAAGUGAGUCUAAAAACUGUCCUCAGAGUAAGGAGUGCAGUGCGGUGCAGACUGGACUUGCAGACAGUGUGCAGGAGAGGCACUGACACAGGAGAGGCAGGCAUGUCAGGCCGCUGUUAAAUUACUGCUUUUGUCUUCUUGCUUGCUAAAAAAAAAAACGGUCUCUUACUGAUUUAACAAAGGCAGAUGGUUGUAAUUUUUUUUUUCUGAUGCUUUAAGCACAUGUUAACUGAUUUCUUAAUUCCUUUUGGUUCCUCCCAUUGUUUUUAAAAUAGGACUUUCAUAUGACUAUAACCUCAAAAGCUGACCUGCCCAGGUUGAGCAGAGCAUCACCAAGGGGAAGGGAAACCUUUUUUAGUUUUACAGAAACAAAUGUUUAGAUUAUAUAUACAUGUAUUCUUUACAUUGAAUAUUGUAUUAGAGUCCUCCUUACAGGAAAUGAAAUAGUUUAGCACUCUUAGCAUUAGCGUUCCUAGAUUGGUGUCUAUAGCUACAGUUUUAAAAUGUAUAACCUGAAAAUGAAGUUAAUUUUGCAUUAAUAAGAGCACACCAUGAUCUAUGUAAAAAGACUGUCCAUUUGGUGUAUUUUUUUAAAAAAGAAAGCACUUUCAUAUUAACAAGUAGCAUGUGUAUGAAUUUUAGAUUUUCAUAUUUGUUGUGUCUGUAUUCAGUGAAGUAAAAUUGAACAUUCAGAUGUUUGUUGAUGGCAACAUUAACUGUUAAAUUAAAGCACCUUAUAUUCUGCUGCUUAAACUUGCUUGUAAUUGCACCUUUGUUACCUGCACAUUUUCACAUAGAAUAUUGUUGUUAACAUUGCCUCAUGUGGGUCUGGAUGGAAGGUUAGUGGGCCUACAGGAUCAUUUAUUUAUAUUGUUUAUAUUACAAUAAUAUAUUGUAGACCAGUUGUAAGUUCAUUUCUUUACAAAUAAAAGCCUCUUCCAUUUG